AUGUCUUCUCGUGGAAGCGGAAGAGGCAGAGGAGGAUACCAAGACCGUGGAGGAUCCCGAGGGGGAGGAUUCCGAGGGGGAGGAAGAGGUGGUGGUGGCGGAGGCGGAGGCGGAGGAGGAGGAUAUCGCGGCGGGGGUCGCGGUGGGGGAGGAGAUCGCGGAGGAGGAGGAGGAGGAGAUCGAGGAGGAGGUUCCUUUAGAGGCGGGCGAGGUGGAGGGCCGCCCCCGGUUGUUCCCGGCGGAAUCCCAGUCCCUGACAAAACCGUGACCACAACGGAAGAUGCUCUUAUUGGUCAGGAUGGCGAAUCAGUCGAUCUCAGCACACUCGGCUUGGAAGAUGCUCUCCCUCGCCGGCCAGCAUACGGCACCAAGGGAGCAGAGGUUACUCUGUGGGCAAACUACGUUGCGUUAACAGCAUCACCCAAGCUCGUGUUAUACCGAUAUCAGAUCUCAGUCACUCCCACCGUAACUGGGAGGAAGCUAAUACAGAUCGUUCGCUUGCUGCUGGAGGCUCCGGAGCUCGCCGAAUAUAAGCACGAUAUUGUGAGCGACUUCAAGGCAACGCUCCUCUGUCGACAGAAAUUUGAUGACCGGACUAUCGAUGUCGCGUAUCGAGCCAUGGGCGAAGACGAACCCAAGGCGGGUGGCCGUCAGUUUCAGGUCAAGCUUCAGCUUACCAACACUUUGGCAACCUCGGAUUUGAUAGAAUACCUCACGUCGACGAACCCGUCUGCCCAGUAUGACGGCAAGCUACCUCUCAUCCAGGCCCUCAACAUCUUCCUCAACCACUACUCCAAGUCGGCCGACAACCACGCCUCUAUUGGAUCGUCCAAUGGAUCGUCCAAAACAUUUGCCUUGGGUGAGUUGUCUGAAAACUGGGACCUUGGCAACUCCCUCAUAGCCAUACGUGGCUUUUUCGCCAGUGUCCGUGCUGCUACGGCUCGUGUGCUUGUCAAUGUCGACGCCAGCCACGCCGCCUUUUUCCAAGAGGGCCCUCUGGAUCAAUUCAUUCUACGUCUAGGAAAUCGGGGCGGAUUACACACGUUGCAGACAUUCAUUCAAGGGAUCCGUAUCAGGACGACUCAUUUAAAAGACAAGGUAAACAAGAAAGGUGAAUCCAUCAUGCGAGUGAAAAGUAUUUGGUCCUUGGCCAAUGCAAAUGAUGGGCAUAGCCUCCAGCACCCUCCCCGAGUGAAAACAUUUGGAGCUGGACCAAAGGAUGUCGAGUUCUGGUUCGAAAGGGCAUCAAAAGGCCAAAAGAAACAGGGUGGGAAAGCUGCCAAAGCUCAAGACGGACAGUACAUCUCUGUCUAUGACUUCUUCGCCAAAACCUAUAACAUCCGUAUCAAUGAUACUAGACUGCCCGUCAUCAAUGUCGGCAAUCGAGAAAAUCCCACCUACUUGCCGCUCCAGGUUUGUUAUGUGCUGCCUGGCCAGCCGUGCAACAGCCAGCUCAGCCCGGCCCAGACGCAGCAAAUGAUCAGGUUUGCUGUUCGUAGGCCAUUCGAAAACGCUACCUCUAUUGUGUCGAAGGGGCUGAAAACUGCAGGCCUGUCUUCCGAAACAAAUCCGUUACUGAUUAAAUUUGGAAUCGACAUCUCUCAGGAUCUCAUCACCGUGCCGGGCCGCAUUAUUGGUAGCCCAAAAGUUGGCUACGGCCAAAAUCGACAAAUCGCAACGUUUGGGGGUAGUUGGAAUAUGGUACCAAGGGACUCUUCGAGCCUCAAAUUCACCACCGCCGGGAGUGUGCAAAAGUGGUCUUGCGUGUAUAUUGAAAUGAUCCGCGAUUACCCGAACGCCCAUACGUUCAGCAGCGCAGGCCUGACCGAAGUUUUGCGCAACCUCAAUAAUGUGCUUGGCGACACCGGCAUCGCUGCCAGCGCGCCGCUUCAACCGUUUCAACGGCUCCAGCUGGAUGGUAACGAAGACCCUCAACUCGACGCGCUGAUGAAGCGUGCUGCAUCAUCGCUACAGUUACUUUUUGUCAUCCUGCCUGCAACUCCAAUACCGUUGUACAAUCGCAUCAAGCACCUUGGAGAUGUGAAAUACGGCAUCCAUACCGUAUGCAGCGUUGGCAGCAAGAUUGCCAACCCCAAGGGUCAGGACCAGUACCUUCGCAACCUCGCGCUCAAGAUCAACCUUAAACUGGGUGGUAAUAAUCAUCUUGUUGACCCUACACACCUGGGGUUUAUUUCUGAGAACAAGACUAUGAUUGUCGGCAUCGAUGUGACCCAUCCGUCAGCCCCAUCACACAAGGAAGCUCCUAGUGUUGCUGGUAUGGUCGCUAGUAUUGACCACAAGCUCGGCCAGUGGCCCGCUAUUCUCAGCAUCCAGCCCAAAGGCCGCCAGGAAAUGGUUGCGGAUCUCACUGAAAUGCUGAAAUCACGCCUGCGAUUGUGGCGUCAGAAGGGCAAACAUUCAGAGCUUCCGGAAAACAUACUUGUAUACCGUGACGGCGUCUCAGAGGGUCAGUAUCAGCUGGUACUGGAUCAAGAGCUCCCCUUGUUACGAGCUGCCUGCAGAGAGAUGUAUCCAGCCUCAGACCAAAAGAAAGGCCUGCCGCGCCUGACUGUGGCCAUUGUCGGCAAACGUCACCAUACUCGCUUCUAUCCGACUACAGUCGCCGACGCCGAUAAGGGGGGAAAUACCAAACCUGGUACUGUAGUUGACCGAGGCGUCACAGAAGCUCGCAGUUGGGACUUUUUCCUCCAAGCACACACAGCAUUACAGGGAACGGCUAGGCCAGGGCAUUACUACGUUGUGCUGGAUGAAAUUUUCCGCCCGCGAUACGCGAAAAUACCUGGGAAGAACGUGGCAGACGAAUUCCAGGACCUGACGCAGAGCAUGUGCUAUGCGUUUGGUCGAGCCACCAAGGCCGUGAGCUACUGCACACCAGCAUACUAUGCAGAUAUCCUAUGCGAGCGGUCGCGGUGCUAUCUCAGCAGCUUGUUUGAGUCACCAUCUAAUUCGGAAGCGCCAUCGAUGGUGGAGGGCGCGGCAGGUGGUCUUGAGACUGGGGCAAUGAUGAAGGAGGUGCAGAUUCACGAGAGAUUGAAGGACAGCAUGUUUUACAUCUGAAAGGGAUUGAAGAUUUGGUAGGCGGACGGGGCCAUAUUUGGAUUUCGCUUGAACGAGACGAGAGAUUGGAAUUUUUUGUACUAUACCAGGCAUAGCAUACGAGAUUGACAAUGUUUUUGGCUGCUCAGUUAAUGAUCAUGUGGGAAUACUUGG